UGCCCCUUGGCUCCGAAGACAAGAUUAUAUGGAACUAGCAAAUAGCUUGGAAGAAAUAUAUGUACAGAACUUUGGUGAAAGUAUACUUUAUUUAUGGGUGGAGAAGAUACGAGAAGUUCUGAUGGAAAAGGCACAGUCAUCAGAUACAGAACCAGAUAUUAAGAAAACCAGUGAAGAAGUUGAUGAAGGUGAUGGAGAUGAUUUCCUCCUAGACUAUCAGCCCGUUCAGGAAGAUCCAAUUAAAAUAUUAGAUUUCAUUACGUCUGAAAAUCAAGAAGAUGAAGAACUGCCAUCCAUACGUCAUGGAAACCCCAUCACAGAUCGAAGGAGUACUUUCCAGGCACAUCUGGCUCCUGUGGUGACACCCAGACAGGUAAAGAGAGUUCUUGAAAAAUUAUACGAGAAUAAAAAAAUUGCAAGUGCUACCCACAACAUAUAUGCAUACAGAAUAUACUGUGAAGAUAAGCAGACAUUCUUACAGGAUUGUGAAGAUGAUGGGGAGACAGCAGCAGGUGGCCGUCUUCUUCAUCUUAUGCAGAUUUUGAACGUCCACAAUGUGUUAGUUGUGGUAUCCCGCUGGUAUGGAGGUAUUCUCUUAGGACCAGAUCGUUUUAAACACAUAAACAAUUGUGCAAGAAAUGUGCUUGUGGAAUACGACUAUGUACCUUCAGUGGAAGAAUCAUCUAAACAAGCAGGAAAGAGCAAAAAGAUAAGAAAGGACAACAAGAAAAGAACAGAACACUAAUUUAUUUUUGAAAACUAUAAAAGAUAAUUUUGCACAUAUUUAUACAGAGACAACAUGGACAUUAUUGCCUUAUCCAAUACAACGGACAUUUUGUAUUCAAAAGUGAAUUCAGUAAAGCUAUAGAUAUAUUUUCAUCUC